UUGAAAGCAUCUUUGUAUGGUUUCGUGCGCAUAUAAGUUUCAAUAUAACAUUAAUUUAUUUCUGUUUAUUUGUUCAUGCAUUUUUAAUUUACCGAAAAAGGAAUUGCGCGUAUGCAUGUUUAAUGAGUCAGUAUUCGUUUAGAAUCAAUUAAACCUACAUUACUUAGACGACCAACUCGUCGUCUGACAAAAAAACAGAAACUGAAUAUUCCAUGGAACAGCGUCCAGGGGUUGUAUCCGGUUACCUUUAUAACACACCGGAAAUCGAAGACAUGCCGUCACAGUUGUCCAAGAUGGUGAAUGUUCAGAAGACGUCGCCGAUUGCGAAGAAGAUUGAGAGGGCAGUCUUCACGCGGGUGACUGAACUCGCCAAUAGAGUUGGGGAGAUACAGCCUCGAUUUCGGGUCGUGGAGGUGGUGCCCAUUGGAAGUUUUUACGAGGACACCAAACUCAUCUACCCAAACGAGUUCGACUUCUUACUUGUCCUGCAUCCACCGCCAGGGAAAACCUUGGUGCAAAAAAUAUCGCAAAAUGAAAUUGCAUUGUGGACAAUGACACGAUGGACCGCAGGCGAAGAACAAGCUGAAGAAUCCUGUUACGCGAUGUAUGAAAAGACAGAUGACGACAUAGAGAAUGCGGUUGAAAUAAAUCCGCGAUCUUUGAAAACAGAAUGGGUUGAAGUACUUAAGACACUUGUAUUCACGAGCCCUGAAAACAGUGUGGACGUAUCAGAACCGGUCGAUCAUUUACGUGUCGUCUCUUUAGAAAUAAAAAAUCCAAAUAUCGUAAUAAAUUUUAUAUUUGAAAAAUCCGUAGUAAGCGUGGACAUUUCUUUGUCUUUUCGCAUCAAAAAUAGUUCAAAUCUACAUCUUAGCCAGACAGACGCAAGUUGUCCGGGAUUCAUGGAGGUUUUGAAACAGAACGACUCAAUUCUACUAAUUGCUUUCAACAAUAGUUUCAAGGUCGACGUGGCCGAUCUUGAAGUACUAUACAUUCGAGAUAAAAUCAGACAAAAACAUAGGAACAUGUUGUUAUAUUUGAAGUUUAUCAAUAACUGCCUUAUUAACGCCAUUCCCUUUGGUGGACUAUGUUUUAGAAUGUCGUCUCACAUGCUCAAGUCGCUGGUUAUUUUACACGACGCGACGUGUACUGAUCCCGAUACGCCGUCACUUCAAAACUGUAUAAAUGAUGUCAUAGUCUUGGUGCAAGCGUCGUUCUGUGCCCGCCACACCGAUGACGUCAUUAAUAGGAAGUCUCCACAUUUAAAUAUCGACUCUGUCAACAAGAAACGUGCGGCUGAUAACUCUGAUAUCUUAACUGACGUAGUAGCGAAGAAGCAAAGAAUGUUUACGAACCCAGCUACAGAUUUCGGUAAAUCACCAUCGAUGAAGAGAAGAAAUGAACAGGACAAUUUGAACCCAUCAUUUGAACGUGGGUCAGGGAAGUCCGGAGGGUGCCCUACAUCGUCUUAUAUUACUGUUGGCUGUGGCGUAGAACUAAAACCAAGCGUUCAACAAAUCACUCAAGCAAGAGACGGAUACGUCAGUCGACAGCCCGUUAUUGACGGUUUUCCGUGUCAAACUUUUGCAGAAAUUGGGUUCUUGCCAGACAUUUCAGACAGUCUUGUAAACGUCUACAUGGACGCAUUUCGACGAGGAUCGCAUCUAGCUGUCGACUUACGCCGCCAUUUUCAUGAAGUGCUCAAGAGGUGUCAUGUCGGGAACAAGGAGUGGGCGUCACCUUUGGACCUGUCACGUGAAAUAUGCGAGGAGGUUCAAGAGGUCAUUACUAACCUUCGUCUGCCAACUAUUUUCUUAAACGAAUAAACUACAGUCGUUUGCCAACUAUUGUCUCCAACGAAUGAACUACGGCCGUCUUCCAACUAUUGUCUCCAACGAAUAAACUACGUGUUUGUGUAUUUCGAACUGUUUGUGGUAAAAUGUUACUAAUUACGUCCUUUCGCGCCCGAGACUGCAUUAUUUGUGGACCGGGAAUGUGUCAUAGAAUUACUCCUAAAGUGGGAUGGAGUUUGUAUUUAUAGCUGCAAUUAUCAGCUAUGUUGUUAUUUAUGUGUUUUUUUACUUUUGGUUUGUUAUUGUGUUGUGGGGGUAGCCGGUUCUCUGUAUACAUGUCAUUUUAUGUGUACCUCGUGAAUUGGCGAAAGCAAUCUUUCACCGAGUUCCGAAUAAAAACUUCCGCAAUUGUGAGGAUACUUUUAGAUUAAUCUGGACAUGCGUGGAUAGUGUAUUGUUUAUUAUUUGACUCGUUCUGUGAAAACUGUGCUUAAUGAAUGUGCGUAAAGUGCCGUCCCGGAUUGGCCUGUGCAGUCUGCAAAGGAUAAUUAGGGACGACACUUUCCGCCUAGAUAGGGACGACACUUUCCGCCUAGACAGGAUUUUUGUUUAGAAGAGACUUUCUUUUUAACAAAAAAAUCCGUAAAUGCCGUCCCUGAUAAGCCGUUGUGGACAACAAUUUUCCCAGAACGAGGCUCACUUUUUCUGUUUAUUCAUUUAUAUAUUGAACAUAAAUUACGUUUAAACAUAUGAUUUCUUCUGCAAAAACACAACAGGGUACGUGUCCAAGAGCAUUGGAGUCUUAAAUUAUUCAAACCAUACAUGAAUUAUAAAAAGAUGGUGAUGAUUGUAUUUAUCUUUGAGAAUGAUAUCCAUAAUGAUGUUAAUUAUGAUAAUUGUUAAUAUCUUGUGAUAAGUGAUGGCACAGAUGGUGAUGCUAUUAAAAUGAUGUUAUUUUUGUAUUAAUAAUUGUAGUUUUGAUUGUAUUAUAUUUGAGAAGAUAUUAUUAUAAUUAUACAAUAGUUGUGGUUGUGGUCAUUAUUUUUACAUGUAUUAUCAUAUUUUAAUAUUUGUGUUUAUUUAUUUUCAUAAAAAGAAUGUUAUUAUUAUAAUUAUUUUAUUAAGUAUAUAAUUAUUGAUCUCAUCAUACUAAUGGUGAUAAAGGUAGUGGUGAUGAUGGUAUUAUUUAUUAUAAUUACUACUAUUGUUUUGAAUGUGUUAUUAUUCAUUUAUUUUUUUACCUCAAUAUGCAUCGUUUUGUUAAGUUACACCAAGAAAAUAUAGUCAAUUUAUAGAAACAAAAGUUGAAAAAGCCUAUUUAGGGGAAAUAUAUAAAAGAUUAGUCAGUGGAUACAUGGAUUAUUCAUAUAAUCCAUUGCUCUAUACUUUGUAUGUAUACAUGGAUGAUUCAUAUAAUCCAUUGCUCAAUACUUUGUAUGUAUACAUUUUAAUAAAUCAAGGAAAGUGUAUGAACUGGUGUGUUACAACAUAAUUUUUUUUACAGGUUAUAGAGGGCGUUUCUCAUAUUUGAUACUAUUACAAAAGAGCAUUUAUACCUGGUGACACCAUUAAUCUUGGUUGAAUAUUCUUGGUUAAAUGGUUUACGCAAUUUUUCUUUCAAAGGUCUGCAAUCCAUCUAGUCUAAAGCUCUAUGUUGGUAUGGAUCAAACAAUUAAUUAGA